UCCACGAGCACCCACAACACGAAGAUUUUCAACAACGGCAUUGAGACGAACAUACUCUGUAUCAAGAUUUUCAUCAACUACGUCACUGACGGCAUCGAGACGAACACUCUCCAUGUUCAGGGCACUCAUCGUAUUCCCCCGGCAUGGCAGCCGGGCGCGGACUAUACUUUCAGGGAUUGGGAGCGUGACGUUACGAACUGGAUCAGGCUCACAGACUUACAGGCCGACCAGAUCGGCGGAACCAUCUACCAGCGUGUUUCCGGCCUGGCCAAGACUUUGCUACGCGAUAUUCCAGACAACGUGAUCAGUUAUGGCGCCGACGGGCGCCCAG